AGAGAGAGAGAGAGAGAGUAACACUGAGCGGUGCGAGAGAGAGUGAGUGGAGCGACUUGGAAGGAGAGAAGAAAAGUCUGUAAAGAAGAAAGAGAGGCUCCUCUCCGACGGUACUUUCUGUCAAAGAAGUAACGAGGCUUUGCGGCGGAGAGAUGUCAAACGGCGGCCAACAUGCGGCUGAGGCGGAGUGAACAGCUACCGGACAGUUAGCGAAAGAACUUGUUAGACAGAGAGAAGGAGAGAGAGAGAGAGGGAGAGAGAGAGAGAGAGAGAGAGGGAGAGAGAGAGAGGGAGAGGGAGCGAGAUAAGGCUCCUCGGCUGCAUCGAGUCGGGACGUUCGUCGCCUUUUCCCACUGCAACUUGAGAGCGAAGAGUCCGGCUGCUGCUCGACCACGGGACGAGAAGGCGAGGAGCGAGGUGUUGACCGCUCAGCCCGGCGGAACGCGAGCCCCCUUGAGAGGGAGAGGGGGAGAGAGGGAGGGAGAGAGAGAGAGAGAGUGAGGGAGAGACAGACAGGGAGAGACAGAGAGAGAGAGAGAGAGAGAGAGAGAGAGCGCGCGGCUCGGGCAGCACUCGCAAAAGUUUGGCCGUGUGUCUUCACCGACUUUCUCCAGAUUUGGCAACUGGCGGCGGAGCGACAGGCCGAGAGAGGCGCCGACUUCUCUUUCCACGAGCAACUUGGCGGAGACCCUCCCAGUUCGGUGAACUUGAGCGGGGAGAAUGAAGACACCUGGAGAUAAUGGGUACGCCUUCCCAGACUGGGCCUACAAGCCCGAGUCGAGCCCCGGGUCCAGGCAGAUCCAGCUGUGGCACUUCAUCCUGGAGCUGCUCAGGAAGGAGGAGUACCACGAUGUCAUCGCCUGGCAGGGGGACUACGGCGAGUUUGUCAUCAAGGACCCGGACGAGGUGGCCCGACUGUGGGGGGCCAGGAAGUGCAAACCCCAAAUGAACUACGAUAAACUGAGCAGGGCACUGAGAUACUACUACAACAAGAGGAUCCUCCAUAAGACCAAAGGCAAGAGGUUCACCUAUAAGUUCAACUUCAAUAAACUGGUUUUGGUCAACUACCCCUUCAUCGACAUGGGCUCCACUGGAAGCAGCGUUCCUCAGAGCGCCCCUCCUGUCCCCAACGGCGCAUCGACCCACUUCCGCUUUCCUCCGUCAACGCCCUCCGAGGUCCUCUCCCCCAACGAGGACCUGCGCAGCCCUGGUGGCAUGUUCAGCUCCGUGGCUCGACGGAUGGCACGCGGCUCCGUCAGCGACUGCAGCGACGGCACGUCGGUCAACUCUGAGAUUGAGGAGGGCAACACAGGGGUGGGGGAGGAGAGGGGGGAGAGGGGUGUGUGCGGCGGGGGAGGGCCUGGUGGAGGAGGAGGAGGCUACCGGAGUAUCAUCCAUCCCCGUCUGUCUCAUGAAACCCUGUUCCGCAUGUACGGAGGAGGCAACCCAGCUGGCCACCCAGGCUCCCGUGGCCACGCAGGGCACCGGAUGCACCCAGACCCCCUGUCCCCCUUCCCUGUGUCCCCUCUGCCAGGGCCAGGAGGAGCUGGCCUCCUUGCCCCUCCUCUGUCCCCAGCACUCUCCAUGACCCCUACAUCUCACCUGACCUACACUCCCUCUCCUACCCUGUCCCCAAUGUUAGGCUCCCACUUCUCCUUCAACCAAGAAGACAUGAAGCGGUACCUGCAGGCCCAUACCCAGUCAGUGUACAACUAUGGCCUCAGCCCCAGAGCUUUCCUCCAGUACCCCAACAUCGUCAUCCCGCAGCCCCACCGACCUGCCAACGACAAGGAGAGGGGAGCAGCCGAGAGAGCCGAGAGGGCAGCAACAGCAGGCGGAGGAGAGAGGGGAGGGGAGCGGCACCACCAUCCACCCCUGGCUCACUCCGCCCACCACCACCCACACCCGCCUCACUCUGCUCACCCUCACUCCCAUUCCCAUCCCAUGCACCACCCACUCCACCUGGGUGAGGAGCCUCCACACAUGUCUCCCUUCAAGUUCAAGCUGCAGCCACCGCCGCUCGGCAGGAAGCAGAGGGAGACUCAAAGCCAGAGUAAAGGCCGGCAGAGCUCGCUGUCGUCGGGCUCAGGAUCCGGCUCCAUGUCGUCGACCUCUGGCCUCGGCUCCUCGCUGUCGUUCGGCAGCGACCUGAGCUCUGCCGGUGGCUCGGGCCUCAUCUCUGCUUCCUCAUCGACGCAGUCUCUUAACAGCGCAGGACUUCCCAAGAUAAAGGUGGAGCCGAUCUCAGACAUAGAGUCAGAGGAAGAGGUGGAGGUGACCGACAUUAGUGAUGAGGACCCAGAUGAAAGAGAGGAGUUUGAGCUCUUCGCCCCCAACCACUCUAGAGCCCCUAAUCACCACCACCACCACCACCACCACCAGCAGCAGCACCACCACCACCUUGCUAACGGCAAAGCCGCAGCCCAACAUCAGCCCCAUCCCGAUGAGGACCUGGACGAGGACGUGUUCAAAGCCCCUGCUCCGCCUCCACCUGGCCUGAUGCCCUUUUUGACCUCGCAGCACGCCCACUCCAAUGCACACCGUGCUCUGCCCACCCUCAAGAUCGAACCCACCGAGCCCGGGGAGAGCAGCACGCCCCCGCCUCAGACGGGCUCGGCAGGAGCUCCCCAGACCAAGUGUAUCCCCCUGAAGCUGCGCUUCAAGCGGCGCUGGAGCGAAGACCAGCGCAUGGAGGCCUCGCAGGAGGAGUCGGACGACAAGAAAGUACGACCAGAGGAGGAGAGGGAAAGAGAGAGGCUCAGCAAUGGACGAAUGGAGACGGAGGAGGACGGGACAGGCAGUGGAGAAGGGGACAGUCCUCCCCCGCUGGCGUACGAGGGCUCGUUAGCCACACCCCUGGCCUCACACAGGAGGGUGAGCGCGGAGCUGCAUCGUGCGACUGCACAGCUGUCCCUGGAGAACAAAGACUGCUGAUGAGAAUCACGGCCGAAAACACUACUGUUCCAGUAGCACAGAAAGGUGGUGGAAGAGUUUAUAAAUGGUCCCUCUGUAAUCCCUCUCCCACACUGACAAACUAGAUUCCUGAAAACCUCCGGCAAACUGAGAGCACAGUUCAAAAUACACACACACACACACACACACACACACACACACACACACACACAUACACACACCUACACACACAAAACCAUCUCGUCAAAGACAACCCGUCAGACCCCCCAUCAAUGCUCUUCGUCUUGAUUCCUCUGGGACACAUCCUUUGGGAGGAGGAACUCUUUCAGACUGUAACAGGGAUGAAGUCAGAGGGAUGCUCAUGAAGCUGGCCACAAGUUCACCUCCCACCUGGCCAACGGAGCUCCAGAUGCCCUGUCCCAGUAGCACAGCUCCUACCUUUCAGACCCCCCCCCCCCCCCCCCCCAGAAGGACGUUCACUCCCUUACAGCCCAGCAACACACACGGGAUGACAAACGUGCACACUCUUCCCAUGCUCCCUUUCCUAUAAAGAUGACAGGACUUUGACAAGUGCCUGUAGGAAAAAGCCACAGCCCGGAUGAGAGCAGAGAUGGGCGGGUGUAAGGCUGCUUGGAGUUCUCAUCUUUUAACUCACGGAGCCUUUGCAAAGUCGAACAGAUACCGGAGAAUCACGAGGACAGAAAGGAAAGUGUGUGUGUUUGAGACUGCAGAGUGUUGUCUGACUGACUCUUAAACCUGACCCACUCCACUCAGGGAAGCCUAUUGCUGUAUGUUUAUUUGAUUCAUGCACACAAACACACUCAAGCAGAAAUUAAGACAAAAAAAAAGAACCCGGCCAACAGCGAAUGGGACUUGGGGACUAUGGACACUAAACAGUGUUCACAAGACCAUACACACUCUCACAAAACAUGCACCUUGUAUCUCUGGCUCACUGCUCUCUCAGAGAUUUAUGACUUGUGUAUAACCUCCCUCCUGUCUCUCUCCGGUCCCGCCCCUCCUUCUCUUGCGGACCACCUUGUGGAAAGAUCAUGUCUCCACUCAAAGAAAUGAUGGGAGAUGGAAAAGAGAAUAGCACAAGGGGGAGGCAGCGGGAGGGUGGGGGGGGGGGGUCCCAGUUUAACUUUUAACUAACCUCCUCCUCACCUCACCUAACAUGGCUUGUACACUGACAAUAGCUCCCCUCAAAUCCCAGCAGCGCAGAAAUCCCAGUUCACCAGCUACAGCUCCUCUAACAGUCAUAGAUAGUGUUUAGAUAAACCAGCAAAGACACACACACACACACACAUUUACACACAGCACUGCCUUUAGCUUGUAAACAUGCUCCCUCUCUGUGUCUGGACCAGCUCUCCUUGUAGUGACGUCAUCCUCAGGUCCACACACACACACACACAGGCACACACACACAGCCUCUUUAUGCCUUGUUUUUAUAGCGUGUACAAAUUGAGCAAACGGAGCUGUAACAGCACACGAGCAGACUCGACCUUUGUAUGUUCUAAAUGAGACUUAAAAGUGAUAUUUUAAAAAGAACCAUAGAGUUUUAAUAAUAUGAUUAAUUCAGGAUUCUUUUUCCUUUUUUUUUUUUAACCGGAUAAGUGUCAUGCCACUCAUUCAGUAAUAUUGUGUGGAGGGUGCGUGGGGGCCAGAAUGAAAAGGGGCUGGGCUCCAGAGGUUUUCUUGUACAUUUGUUUCAUAGAUGAGCCAGAGGGGGGAAAAAACCCACACAGGCCAGUUCACCAGCUAAUACAAAAAAAAAAACAGGACUUGGAAAAGUCUGCUCAUUCAGAUGUGUGGUCCACUCUGCUAUUCACUUCAUUCUUUCCUGUCUGCACAGUCCAGUUCAGCUCGUUGGGGUUUCUACCCAUCCCUACCUCCCCUCUCCAAGUGUGUGUGCGUGCGAGCGCGUGCAUGCGUGCGUGUGAGUGUGCGUGCGUGCGUGUGAGAAAGACACAGAUAAGAGAGAUGGCUCAUGGGUUAUCAUUGAAGUAGUACUCCAGUCCGUUCGUUAAGGCCAAUUAGUUCUCCAAAGUUCACAGCAGCUGUGGAUCGGGAUGGGGGGGUAAUUAUUACUGUAAGAGAGCCCAACAUGGGCCCGUCCUGAGACGCCCUCUACCCAAACUAUGCACACAGGCACACACACACACACACACACACACACACACACACACACAAAAAAGAUUGUGUCUGUGAUUGUUCUAACAUCGUGGAGCUUUUGGCCUCUGCGUGCCAGGUCAUCCAGGCGUCUGAUUAGUUAUCUGAGCUGCGCUGACCAGAGAGGGGCCUGUCCUCGUCUGGCCAGCGACAAGACGGAUCUAUAGCAGUGACCUGUGAGAUAGACGGCCCCCCGGCAGUGUGUGUAGCUGAGCUGAUCGAAUUUCCUCAUCAGACCCCUGUGGUCUGGACUGGAGCAUGUCACGACACACGCACACACACACACACACACACACACACACACACCCUCACUAAGUCCUGUGUCUGUAUUUGAACUGACAGCUGCCUUAUUACUAUGUUUCAUAUCUCAGCAACAAACGAGGCAUCAGCCUGCUCUUCAAUCUUUCUCUCUCUUUCUUUCUAUUUCGUUAAUUUUUCUUCCUCCCCUCGCUCCGUUUCAGCCGUCGUCAUCUGACUUCCCGCUAACUGUCGCGUGGAUAAGACUCUGGGUAAAAGGAUUGACUGGAGUCCGAUUGUGAUGCCGACUCUCUCUCUCUCUCGACCUCUACAGUCAACGAACAGCACAAAGAUUUGCAUCUGUAUCAACAUAACAGAAGGUUGCUCGGUUUAUUUUUCUGAUGUCUAUAUUGCUAUUGAUUACUGUUGUUGUUGUUAUGAUUGCUCUCAUCGGGUUAUUUACCUCUCCACCUUGCGUUGUUGUUAUUAUUAUUAUUAUUAUUAUUCCAUGGUUCUGUUAGCUGUUGCUCUUUAUGUUGAUGUGGAAACCACCCCACUGCCCCCGAACUCCAUUCCCUGUUUCAAACUUUUAAGCCCCUGAAGCAGAAAUCUGAAAAUGUAAUAUAACUCAUAUGUGUAAUGUUGAUUUUUGACGCUGACAGAGAAAAACCAUCGGGGACUGAGAGGGAGGUGCAGUGUCGGAGGAUUUUAUUUAGGGGCAGAGGAAGUGAUUUUAUCUUUUUUUGUCAUGUAUUGUAAUUUUUAUUUUAUAAUGUUACCCCCUCUCUCUAUCUCUCUCUUGUAUAUUCUUUUUGGGGGGGGGGAGGAUGGGGAUUUAUCAUUUUAAAACAAGAAAAAAGAUUGUGUAUUGUUUUACAGUGUAAACGUCAAUCUUCUCCCUCUUUCAGUAUCGUUCACCUCAUCUCCCCCGAGCAGUUGCGCAACGCUCGGAUGGAGAGAUGAGUGUUAAUACCAUGAUGUAACAUUGAAUUUCUCCACUUCUUUCGUGUUUUUUUUCUUCCCCCCGGAACUUGUAAUUAAGACGUAAUCAGGGUUAAUUAAAACCAGUUAAAACCCAA